AUGGGCGGUCUGAUCAAUGUUCAUGUUGUUUGCUUGCCAAUUCUUCAGCAUCGAAAAUGGCGCUCCCGGCUCUGGCUGAAGAUCGGGUCCUCGUGGUGGGAUGGUUCAGAUGAGCAGGUGGACUUGUGGGCAUGGUUGCUAGUUGCGCACAAGGGGGACGUGAUUCACCGUCACGAGGGGCUCUGGUAUGAGUGUGUGCAGCUGUCUGAGAAUGCGGAGCACAUGCUUCUUUUCAAUUACGAGGAACAAGAGUUCGAGGCCUUGCGGUUGGACUUCGCGCCACGACUAACUAUCCAGGCUUUGAAUGAAAUGGACAUUCCGCUGCAGCCACUCGCUGCACUCACGGAGGUUGCCGCGUGGAACCCGCUGAACGAGGUUCCGCUGGGGUGCUGGUUGGUGCGACGCAACGAUGAGGAGAAGAAGGCCCGCAUGCACGCGCUGGGUAACCUGGCUGUGCCGCAGUGUGGCCAGCUAGCCUGUGAAGUUCUUCUGAAGCUGUCCAGAUGUGGUCAGCACUUGCCAUACUUCAAGUAG